GUACGCAUUGUGAAGUAGCUUCAAGCUCCAACAAUUUUCACCCAACUCGAUGUACUGGAAGCCUUUCGCUAGGUGUUAUAUUCGACAGCUCGGGUUGGCUUUUUCUUCUGCCCUUUUCUAAGCCUGGAACUUGCUCAAGCCGUACUGCCUGGGCUAAAAUACCCCAGCCUUUGACUGUGGCAACAAAUCAAGAUGUCGUUCCUCAAUCCCUACCUGCAGAAGAAAAUCUGUGUCAUAACCGCAGAUGGCAGAACCCUGGUGGGGACCCUCUUGUCUUGCGACCAGACGACCAACCUGGUAAUGCAAACGACAGUCGAGCGAGUGAUUCGUGAUCCGGACGACGCAGAACCAUCUACCGUGGUGCCUCUUGGCCUGUACAUUGUCCGCGGCGACAAUGUCUGCACCGUAGGGCUGGUCGAUGAAGCGCUGGACAACAGCAUUAACUGGACCAAGGUGAAGGGCGCCACUAUUGGGGGGAUUAAACACUCUUGAGGUGGCACACGGGAGGAAGGAGAGGAAGCCAAGGCAGAAGACAGUGGGAGGCAUGUGUGUGAGUGCCUAUACUUGCAAGCUCCUGGCCGAGGAUGUUGAGGUCCUUGGGGCAUCUCUGCUAUUUGAUGCCAUUCGGGACGAUAAAAAGGGUAUUUGAGGUCGUUACGAUAUCACGACUACAUUGGCACUGGCACUAAAAUUGGCAUAUGAAAGGAAAGGGUAUGCCAUUUCUACUAC